UAUUAAUUAAUGAACACUGGAAGAAUACUAGUAGAAAAUGGAAGGUUUGUUAGCAGAAGAAGUAAUAGUAAUUAAAUCAGGUUAUAGAUUUUUAUUUAAAAAAUUGUGUGAGAAACUACAGUGAUAUCAAGAAACCGUGUUUGUGUACGGUGUGUUACAUUACCUUAAGCAUUAGUCAGCGUGAAAUACGUGGUCAUGUAAUGAUAAUGACAACAGCAUCAAACCAGCCCAUAAUAUUCUUCCAAGGCAACUGUUGCCAUGGCUAAGCUGCAUGAAUAAAAUAGUUUGUUGUGUUUCACUACUAUAAAAAGUUGUAUAUGUACCCUGGGUACGCUGCAGGGUGAAGGCCACCGUCUGGACACACAUACAGGUUGUUGUUCUGUCUCUCCCGUCCACGGCUGCUCCUAAAGCCGCGGAGCAUCACAGAACACCUGUUGGAUCUGGUUGCAUACCUGGCCGACAGCUCCGGUUACAUCCCUCCGGUCUGGCAGGAGAACAUCCCUCAGGAGCUGCGUGCACAUCUGUGGCUGCUCUUUAAAAAGUCCUCAGCAUGCCAACAUCCAACCAGGGCUGGCCGGAGGACUUUGGCUUCCAGCUCGGCGGUACCGGGCCCAGCUACAUCCUGUCGGUGGAGGAGGGCAGCAGCGCCCACCUGGCCGGGCUGCAGGCAGGCGAUCAGGUCCUGGAGAUCGAGGGCCACAACGUGUCCACUCUGGCUCCGCAGGCCGUCAUCGCCAUCGCUCAGACCCAGAAGAACAUCCCGCCCAGCAUUGGAGUGGUGUCUCGAGUCCAGCAGAUGGACGUGAUACCAGGACCAGAUGGUCGUUUUGGCUUUACCAUCGUGGGAGACUGCCCCCUGCUGGUGGAGGACUGCUCCCCGUGUUCUCCAGCUGGACGGGCGGGCCUGAGGGCCGGGGACUACGUCAUGGAGGUCAACGGCAUCCCCGUCCGGCACCAUGAGAUGGCCGCUACGCUCAUCAAGGGCUCCCAGGGGAGGACGCUGCGUCUGGGCGUGCUGAGUCUGGGUCCGAGGCACAAGCGCAGCACCAGCCUGGAGGACAGCCAGGUGGGAGGAGAGUGGGCCCGGCUGGACCGCAAGCACAAGGCUCUGGAGUUCAACAGGAAGGUGGAGCAGAUUCUGGGCAGUGAUCCGGAGGUGAAGGAGAAGCUCUUCUCUGUGCUGAAGCAGUACGCAGCAGAGAAGCGGGUGGAGUGGUUGGCGUCGGUGCUGCCAGAGAUCCUCACCACCGAGGAGCACCGGCAGCUCAUCUCCAGCAUCAGAAUCUUCGUCCCCAAGAAGCACCGGCAGCGCUUCGACGAGGCCGUCUCCCACAACGUCAUCAACCGCCUCUGCCGCAGCAAGAGCAUCAGCGAGCCGCAGGGCCGGAUCCGCCGCAGCCGCAGCGAGGACCACUCCGACCGCCGGCACGGGUCCAAACGGGCCAGCUCGGUGCCGAGGGAUGGAGGCGAAGCAGAGAGGGAGAGGGGCUUAAAGAAGUCUGGAUCUGGGGUGCCCACACACCCCCCGCUGGGACCCAAUCAGAGGUUGAUCCGAGUCUACAGAGGCAAAAAGAGCUUCGGCUUCACGCUGCGAGGUCACGCUCCCGUCUGCAUCGACUCCGUCAUCCCAGAUAGUCCUGCUGAGGAAUGUGGACUGAAGACAGGAGACCGCAUCCUCUUCCUCAAUGGACUGGACAUGAGAAACUGUUCCCAUGAGAAGGUGGUGUCCAUGCUGCAGGGCAGCGGGGCCAUGCCCACCAUGGUGGUGGAGGAGGGCCCGUCAGACUUCUCCUCAGACCAAACCGACCCAGAGGAAUCCCCGAGUCUGGCUCCCACUAUGGUGCCUCGCUCCAGGUCUCCAGCCCUCAGUUCCCUCCAGUGGGUGGCAGAGAUCCUUCCGCCGAGCAUCAAGGUGCACGGACGGACCUUCAGCCAGCAGCUGGAGCACCUGCUCACCAUCCAGGAGAGAUACACCAUCUGCAAGGCCCUGGAGACCUUCUUCCAGCACAGGAACGUGGACACCCUGAUAGUGGACAUCUUUCCCGUGUUGGACACGCCGGCCAAACAGCUGAUCUGGCAGUUCAUCUACCAGCUCCUGACCUACGACGAGCAGGAGCGCUGCCAGAGCAAGCUGUCACGCUUCCUGGGCUUCAAGAGCAGCGUUCUGCUGGAUCCUGACGGCGCUCCAGAACACCACAGACGGAGCAGCUCCAUGCGUGUGACCGGCUCGUCUUACCGCAGCAGCGUCAGAGAGAGGAGCUCAGACGACUGCAUCAUCGGGACUCACCUGGGGAUGGGAAUUCAUGUGGAUGAAUGUGGGAGCCCGGAGGAGAGGCAGUCAGGAGACGGGACCUCCUUCCCCGAGUCCCCCGACCUCAGUCAUAUGACAGGUGUGUACACGGAGCUGGAGAACAUGUACGCAGGGAAGAGCGUGUCCCCCGCCGAGCCUGAGGUGGCGGGGCAGACUGAGGCCUACGGCCGCUCUCUCUCCCCCCUCACGCUGCCCCCUCUCACAGGGAGCCGUAAGUCCGGCCUGACCCUCUCCUGGAAGGAGCCGCUGCCCACCACCGUCUACCAGAUCCAGCACCAGAGCAGCGUGGAGUCCAACCCCUACGUCAGCCUGGAGAGCCCGCCUGCCUCCCCGCCGCCCCCCGACAGCGGCCCCAACACGCUCACACGCCGCAAGAAGCUCUUCACCUUCUCUCGCCCGCCGCGCAGCCGGGACACCGACAAGUUCCUGAAUGCCCUGAGCGAGCAGCUGGGCCACCGGGUCACCCUGGUGGACGACUUUGUCCCCGGGGAGAACGACUACGAGGAGAUUGAUGCAGGUGGAUGGCACGGUGUCAGAAGAAGAGCGGGGGCCAUGAGCUUCCCAGAGGAGCAGGAGGCGGGCUUCAUGUCGCGCCGCCUCAGCAGCGGCAGCAGCGAGGACCACAGCAGCAGCGACGACGCCUCCUCUCCCACCUACUCCUCCGGUUCUGAGCCCAUCCCGCCGCCGCCCAACCAGAGCCCCCCGCCUCCCCCGCCUUUCCAGGCUCUCAUUCCCCCUCCGGUGCAAUUUAUCGACCCCCUGCCGCCCGUGCGCUUCUCCCCGGAGCACGUCCCCCGCAGCCGGAUGCCCUUUCAGCCACAUCACCCCAUCAUCCCUCCUCCCCCGCCUCCCCCACGGACGCUCCUGUCCAGCCGCUCCCCUCUGCACAAACCCACCAGAGAAGAAGUGGAGAAAGCUCGGCAGCGCUUCCGAGCCACGUCCUCCAGGUUCUCGCAGGGCGUGGCCCCCCUGACCUUCUCCACUUUACGCUCCUCCCAGCCGUCGCGGGCCAGCUACCUCCCCCGCCAGCUCAGCCAGCCCCAGCCCGUGCGCCAGCCGUCCCCCCAGCCGUCCCCCCAGCCGCUCAGGCCCAGCCAGCUGGUCCUGCAGAGGCACCACCAGCUCCACCACCAGCACAGCUACCAGGGCCCGCUGCCGGCGUCCCUGCAGGAGCCCGGCUCCGCGCAGAGCCAGCUCCCCCAGCCUCCGGCCUCCCACUCCUCCCUGCCCCCCCACACCACCAGCUUUGAACCCGCAGCACAGGACCAGCAGUCACAGCAGGCUCCGCCCCCUCCUCCUCCACCCCUGCCUCCACCCUGUGACCCCCCUCCUCUGCCUAAAGCGGGCCAGAACGCGGCCGACACCAAUCACAUGAGCGUGAAGAGGCUGCGCUGGGAGCAGGUGGAGAACUCUGAGGGAACCAUCUGGGGUCAGCUGCGAGAAGAUUCAGACUACGACAAGCUCAGCGACAUGGUCAAGUACCUGGACCUGGACCUGCACUUUGGGACUCAGCGCCGACCCAUUUCUCCUCCAGAACCAGCGUUCCUGCCAGAGAACUUGAAGAAGAAAGACGUGGUGGAGAUUCUGUCCCAUAAGAAGGCCUACAACGCCUCCAUCCUCAUCGCUCACCUGAAGCUCUCGCCCCACGAGCUGCGUCAGGUUCUGAUGGACCUGAGCACGGACCGGCUGGAGCCGGCCCACAUCAAGCAGCUGCUGCUCUACGCCCCCGACGAGGACGAGGUCAAGCAGUACGAGCGCUUCGAGCAGGACCCGGCCAAGCUCAGCGAGCCGGACCAGUUCAUCUUCCAGAUGCUGAUGGUGCCGGAGUACAAGACCCGCCUGCGCAGCCUGCUGUUCAAGAGCACGCUGCAGGAGAGGACGGAGGAGAUGAAGGUGGCCUUUGACUACAUCUACAAGGCUUCAGUGGAGCUGAGGAGCAGCAAGAAGCUGGCCAAGAUCCUGGAGUUUGUUCUCGCCAUGGGAAACUACCUGAACAACGGUCAGCCCAAGAGCCACCGCACCACCAGCUUCAAGAUCAACUUCCUCACCGAGCUCAGCACCACCAAGACGGUGGAUGGAAAGUCCACCUUCCUCCACAUCCUGGCCAAGUCGCUGUGUCAGCACUUCCCCGAUCUGCUCUCCUUCCCCAGGGAGCUGCUGGCGGUGCCGCUGGCGGCCAAAGUUAACCAGAGGGUCAUCACCACGGAGCUCAGCGACCUUCACGCUACGGUCCAGGACAUCAGAACCGCCUGCCAGAAGAUCCCAGCCACGGCCGAGGACCGCUUCGCCUCCGUCAUGAGCAGCUUCCUGGAGAACAGCCAUCCUGCGAUCCAGUCUCUGGAGUCCCUCCAGAACCGGGCCAUGGACGAGUACUCCAAGGUGGCCUCCUACUUCGGAGAAGACAGCAAGUCCACCAGCACCGACGCCUUCUUCGGCAUCUUUGCAGACUUCAUGACCAAGUUUGAGAGAGCGCUCAGCGAGACCCAGACUCCUGAGAACCCGCGGAGCCCCCGGCUGUCUUCUCCUCUGGCCUGGUAGGAGACCUUCUCCCCGGCUCCCCGUCAACCAAAGUGCCAAGAUCCCACCGACAGAACCGGAGGUCCGGUCGGCUGCAGGAAACCGGACCGACCCACAGCGGAUCACACCAGGGUUAGUUCUGGUGCCGGAACCGAACGAACUUCUAGGUGUCCACGACAAACAUCUGCUGGACAUCAUUUCCGUCUCCUUCUGUUCUAUUCUUACUAAAAUGUUCUGGUCCGACAAGUUCUGGUCCGCUCAGCAGCUGUUUACCAAGGCGACCCGCUCCGCUGGAGCCGAGCAGCGCCUCCAGGAAACCCAGCAGAGGUCUGGUCCACGCGGAGCAGCUGCAGACUGAAGCAUCGUCUGGUUCUGCUCACAGUCCCGACAUCCAGAACCGGAACCAGAACCUCUUCUGCUUCUAUAAAUGUUGUUGGUGCAUGUGAAGAAGUUCCUGAGCUGCUGAAGGUUCUGGUAAUCGGGUUCUUGUAGAGAUCCUGUUUGGACCCGUGAAUUCUCGCCUGUUCUGCGGUUCCUCAGAUCCAGACAUUUGCUCCUUUUCAGGCUGCUGACCCAUCCUGACCCGUUUCAGCGUGGUCUGGGUGGAUCUCCUGUCAGGACAGAACCGAGCCCGCGGGUCAGCGUGGACACACCGGGCCUGAAGAACCGGCGUGGCUGCUGAACGGACCAGGUUCUGCUGUCCUGUAGUGCUGUGUUCUCCUGCUUUAUGACCCUUCUAUGCACCGUUCGCUCCGUGGAACCCGUUUGUUAUUCAUGAAUGUUCUGAGAGAUCCGGUACCGAAGCAACCGUAGCAGCAGUGGAUGGCAUGUUGAUGGACCUGCUGUAAAUACGACACCCUCUGUGACUCUAGUAAGGUUCUGUACUGGUUCUGUUCUAAAUGUUCUCAUUGAAAGUGGCUGAUGUUCUGCUUGCUUUUAAAUAAAGACCAUGUUUGGACCUUUAAAGUCUCACUGAGACCAGAGAACCUGCA